GCAAGAUCUUUUGACGAGAGCUCCAUGGAGUCCCGCCGCCACCGCAGGGGAUCAAGAGCUCUUCAAGACGAGCCUCUUUGUUUUUUUUCUCGUGACCCAACCUUCCCCCCACUCGAAGCCAGCACGCGUCCUUCCUCUCAAAGCCUUUUAGCAGGCUCUUUGUGCUGCAUAGACCUCGCCCGCAUCGACCAUCCACUUCUUGGGACCCCCACCUCCCCGUCACCAAGAUGCAGGCCCCGGUGGUGGUUAUGAACACCCAGAGUGGUGAGAGGCAAACCGGAAGGAAAGCCCAGCUAUCAAAUAUCGCGGCCGCGAAGACCGUCGCCGACAUCAUUCGGUCAUGUCUCGGUCCCAAGGCCAUGCUCAAGAUGCUCCUCGACCCCAUGGGGGGCAUCGUUCUGACCAACGACGGCCAUGCCAUUCUGCGAGAGAUCGAGGUGUCGCACCCUGCCGCCAAGAGCAUGAUCGAGCUGAGCCGGACACAGGAUGAGGAGGUCGGAGAUGGCACCACCACUGUCAUCAUAUUGGCUGGUGAAAUCCUGGCUCAGGCCCUGCCGCAGCUCGAACGCAACAUCCACCCCGUCGUCAUCAUCGCGGCCUUCAAGCGUGCCCUCAAAGACGCGCUCGAGAUCAUCGAAGAGAUCUCGCUCCCGAUCGACAUCAGCGACGACAAGGCCAUGCACAGCCUCAUCCAGUCCUCGAUCGGCACCAAGUUCGUCUCGCGCUGGUCCGAACUCAUGUGCGGCCUCGCCCUCAAUGCCGUGCGCACCGUCACCUGGGAGGUGGGCAACGGCAAGCAAGAGGUCGACAUCAAGCGGUACGCGCGCGUCGAGAAGGUCCCCGGUGGAGAGAUCGAGGACAGCCGCGUCCUGGACGGCGUCAUGCUCAACAAGGACAUCACACACCCCAAGAUGCGCCGCCGCAUCGAGAACCCCCGCAUCGUCCUGCUCGACUGCCCGCUCGAGUACAAGAAGGGCGAGUCCCAGACCAACAUCGAGAUCACCAAGGAGGAGGACUGGAACCGCAUCCUGCAGAUUGAGGAGGAGCAGGUCAAGGCCAUGGCAGAAGCCAUCAUUGCCGUGAAGCCGGACCUGGUUAUUACUGAGAAGGGUGUUUCUGACCUGGCACAGCACUACUUCAUGAAGGCCAACAUAACGGCACUGCGGCGCGUGCGGAAGACGGACAACAACCGCAUAGCACGCGCGACUGGAGCCACCAUCGUCAACCGAGUCGAGGACCUGCAAGACUCGGACGUGGGCACGCAGUGCGGACUGUUCGAGAUCGAGAAGAUCGGCGACGAGUACUUCACGUUCCUGACAAAAUGCACCUCGCCCAAGGCCUGCACGGUGCUGCUCCGCGGCCCAUCCAAGGACGUGCUCAACGAGGUCGAGCGCAACCUGCAGGACGCCAUGGGUGUGGCCCGCAACGUCAUGUUCCACCCGCGCCUGUCCCCCGGCGGCGGCGCCACCGAGAUGGCCGUCGCCGUGCGCCUGGGCCAGCUCGCCAAGAGCAUCGAGGGCGUCCAGCAGUGGCCGUACCGCGCCGUCGCCGAGGCCCUCGAGGUCAUCCCCCGCACCCUAGUCCAGAACGCUGGCGCGAGCCCCGUCAGGGUCCUGACGGACUUGCGCGCCAAGCACGCCGAGGGCAAGAGCUCGUGGGGCAUCAACGGCGACACCGGUGCCCUGGCCGACAUGAAGGACUAUGGCGUGUGGGAGCCCGAGGCCAUCAAGGUGCAGAGCAUGAAGACGGCGAUCGAGGCCGCCUGUCUUCUCCUCAGGGUCGACGAUAUUUGCAGCGCAAAGAAGGCGCAGCCAGGCGUCGGCACCGGCGGAGGCGGAGGCGAUGAAUAGACACGAGGAUCCCUAAUGCGCUAGACCACCUACCAAAAUCCUUGUCGUGGGGGUGUAUCUGGGUAGCUUUUUGCCCCAUGUCGACGUCCGGAUUCCCUGUCGUUGGUUUUCUCGAUGGUGGUACCGCGGAGAUGGAUGAGGGCGACGAGAGGAUGAUGAAUACCCCCUUCUUUCGUUGCCGGUCCGUGUAAAACCCUUGCAAAAUCCGUUCUGGGAGUUUUGGUAGACAAAAAGAAGUAAAACCAGAGACAAAGAAGUCGUCGAGGGAUCGGAUGCGAGCGUCGUCGCCAUCGUCGGCUAGGUUGAUCGUAUUUUCCGUCGUUCGUAUCUAGGAACGGAGCGCGUCUGUCGAUCGGUCGGUGCCAUGGG